AGAUGGCGAAAUGGUGGCGCGGCCUGAGAUCCGCGGCGGAGGUGGCUGAUCUACCGGCGUAUUCAUUCGGUCGAUCGAUUCGGUGUUUACAUCAGUACGAGACGAUCCAGGCUAUACCACGCGAGGCUACGGGCCGAAGAGUAUCGGCUCGCGAUCGGACGAUUGGCCGGAUUCCAGCGGUGGUUUUCCCCCAGUCGCUGCUUGACACCGACUCUUCGAAGCGAGGCGUUUCGAGGAAGCAGCUUUUGACGGCAGAUAGGAAGCAGAUUAAGUCCAUUGUUGACUCUGUAGGUCUCCCGUUCUUCUGCUCGACCACUUUCAAGCUCCAGAUCCGAGCUGGGCAGGGUUCAUCGACGCUAGUUGAAUCGGGUCGAGUACUUCCACUCAAGAUUCACAGAGACGAAGCUGGAAAGAUACUUAACUUAGUAUUCGUAUGGGCUGGUGAUGGAGAGCAGUUAAAGGUUGAUGUUCCUCUUGUUUUCAAAGGAUUAGAAAACUGUCCUGGUCUGAAGAAAGGGGGAAACUUACGGUCACUCCGAAGCAGCCUGAAACUUGUAGGCCCAGCGGAACGCAUUCCAUCGAAAAUUGAAGUAGAUGUGAGCAAUCUCGACAUCGAUGACAAAGUGUUAAUGCAAGAAGUUGAAUUUCAUCCAUCGUUGAAGCUGUUGAGCAAGAAUGAAACCUUGCCUGUGUGUAAGAUUGCUGCCACAAGCCCGGUGAAAGAACCAGAAACGGUUCAAGCA